AUGAUGAUGGAGCACACCGUGCAGGACUUUUGUGCAGAAUACUUCAGCGAAACCCCUAACAAAGCGCAUUCCGUGUUGAGUAUGAGGACUUCUUCACCUAAGAAGAGGGAACUCACUGAAGAGGGAGCAGGAACAAAGGAGCUGUCUGUCGAGGAGUUGAUCACAGAAUCUGUCGUCAUGCGACGAUUCCAACAGACGAUACAACGAUGGGAACGUCACCUAUGCAUCCUAGGACCAAUCGUCCAUCCCAGCCGCUCAUAG